AUGGUGUUGUCAGAGGAGCAAUCGAGGGAGUUCCUGUUAUAUUCCAUGAUAAGCGGGAUUCUGAGAAGUCGUGCGGAUGUGCACAGCCUCGAGACUGUGGCGCAUUUGGAGAAUGACCUGCUCGACGCUAUGAGGAUGCACAAUGUGAAGGUUAACCAACAUCUGAUAAAUGAGAUCAAAGGACUCCGUGAGGAGAUGCAGCGUCGAGAGGUUCAAAGCCUGAAAGACCACAGUGAUUCUCUGACUUUCGAGGCCAACAUCCAUGACGAACUGGUGACCAUGGAGAAGGAAAAUGCUCGGCUUAGGGCAAGACAGCAUAUUACUGUGUCUCCCUGGUUUCUCGAGAAGCACCAGGUGUUAGCCCGAGUCCAGCACAUGAUUACGGUCAGGACUCGCCGUUUUAUCGCGGCCAUAGAUAUACUGAAAGAGAGGUCUCGUGAGAUCGAGCUUCUUACAGAUUAUAUUGCUCGACUGCAAAAUCUUCUGCUGGAUAACAAUAUCGACUUUGAGGCUUUCGAGCGUCCGGAGGAGACAGUGAAUCCUCGAACUCGGAGUUCUCGAGAGGAACUUUUGAUGAGGGUGCACGCUCAGGACACAGAGAUCGUGGAACUUAAGGACAAAUUGAAUCAGUGUGUGAAUCUCCUUAGCCUGCAGGGGUAUAAGGGGAUUAUCCAUCCCUCCCCUGACAAUCCUAUCAGGGAGGUGCUUAUAAUAGUGUAG